AUGUCAUCCUCAUCUCUGCCGUUGUCCACUCUCCCUCCAAGUCCUCUGGCCAUGGAGUAUCUCAAUGACUUUGACCUGCUGAAGUUUGAAGCGAAAGCCGACACACCACCACCUUCCACCUGUCUAUAUCCCAAACCGGAGCUCCAUCAGGAGACCAGCGCAUCUCCAUACGCACCUCACCCUCCACCCGACUCCAGUGUGAGCUCCAGCCCCUACACCUCGCUUCCUCCAUCACCGACGCUCAGUGACGAACACCCACCACCGUCCACAUCCUCCUCUUCCUCCUCUCUAUCUUUCCCGAUGUCAGUAUCCACAGGAUACAUGUCCGGCCAGAGCUCCAGCUCUCAGGGGAACACGGACGGCAACCCGGUUGUCUGCGGCCCUGUGCCGUGUUCCAACCCCACCUCUCUGGAGGAUCUGCUGUGGUUAGCAGCCCUGCAACAGCAGUUCGGUGUGGAGCCAGGAGGAGCCGCGUCUUUGUUGGGAGCUUUGGGAGGUGUACCAGAGCGUGUGGAUCGAGAACGAGGGGGAUUUAUGGGAUGUGAGGACGCAGUGGAGGCUCUGCUGAACUCUGCAGCAGUGGCUGUGACCUCACAGUUUCCAGGGUUGUCUCAGAGCACGAGCAGCAGUCAGAUGGGUGACUCCAGCAGUGAGAGCGGUACUGAUGUUAUUCUUAAUAAGCCGACAGACAUGUGUCAUCGCCCUGUACUGCUUGUUUCCUCCACCACUCCAUCUCAUUCUAACAUCAACACAGUGACAAGUCCCUACCCACAAGCCCUUAGUCCACAGAGCCACCUUCAUCACCCACACCAUCAAAUGCAUGCCCAUUACCAUCAUCAUCAUCAUCAUCAUCUGCUUUCUCAGUCUGGGGUGGAUGAGCGUUUUUCUGAUGAGCAGUUGGUCAAUCUGUCGGUUCGAGAGCUCAACAGACAUUUGCGUGGGGUGAGUAAAGAUGAGGUGGUCCGUUUGAAACAGAAGAGACGGACGCUGAAGAAUCGAGGAUACGCUCAGUCCUGCCGUUACAAACGUCUACAGCACCGACACGCACUCGAGUCUGAGAAACACAUCCUCACACAGCAGCUGGAGCAGCUGCAGUGCGAGCUGUCUCGUGUGUUGAGAGAGCGAGACACUUAUAAAGCUCAAUACGAGAAACUCGUCGGUUCGAACGAGACUCGGCUUCCUCAUCCAAACACUUCAUCUUCCUCUCCUCCUGCUCCGGAUUAUUUUUUGUGA